UGAGUCAGCAUUCGUGAAGUAUUCCACUCCGAACAGUUAGCACGUUCACGGUUAACCGUCCGAAAGUGAUUGGUCUGGUGUUAACCUAUAAUUUCAGCCUUCGACCGUGCAAUCGACGAAUGUAGUUGUGAACGCAGGUGGUCCCGGCGCCAGGAAGCGGCCCUGGUCCACCCAGAUAUGCGCCUGCAUGGAGGACGUUAGCGGAUGUCUGUGCGCCAUGUGUUGUUUCCCGUGCAUGAUGAUGACGAUGGCUACCCGGAUGGAUGAAUUUUGUUGUAUGCCCUUCCUCGUCCCUAACGCCCUCUUUCCCAUGCGCGUCCAGGUCCGGGCUGCCAACAGGAUUAAGGGGACUAUCUGCAGGGAUUGUGUGAUGACGACAUGCUGUACAUUGUGUGCCGCGUGUCAACUCAAAAGGGAACUCGACAACAUCGACGCGCGAAAACCCUCGACCGAUCUCUGAAGUCGACUUUCUCCCAGAAAAUUACCGAACACUGAGACUAACGUCAUCCUGGUGGACACCUCGACACACAAUACCCUUUCGGUGCACUGAUUCAAUAAAGUUCGUUGUGACGCCAUAAUUUGUAAUUUAUAAUUGCUUUUUCAGACAUGUUUUUUGUUGUUCAUCGUGUAUCCGGAUAUUUUUACGGCGGAUAUACGAUGACAGUAUAUGUAUCACAUUUCAAAUUCCAUUUACAUAUGUUAAAACGAUUCAUUUGAAAAUAAAUAUUUUCAAUCA